UAGAUUGGUCUUGAGGUGUGGAGGGAUACAACCAUAAAACAAAUUUAUCUACCCUGUGUCUCAUGCUAUCUUUGUCUUGCAGACUAGAUUGGUCUUCAAGUGUAGUGAUUUAUCGAUGCCGACCCCGUGAUGUGACACUUGGGGCUCGUCACAUAUGGCAGCCCAAAAAACAAAACAAAAAAACGAGACAAAACGGAUAUAAAACCAGAAAUGUAGAAUUAUAAUAUUUUCAAGACUGAUAUUUUGAGAAAUAAAACAUAUACUAAUUUUUGGACUUUUAUUGCACUGAAACUACCUCAGUACGCCCUAAAAUACUUCAAAUAAUCAUUUGUAUAUAUAAGCGCUAACAAUUUGUUUACGUUGUUGUCGAGCACAAACAACGGAAAAGAAGACUGUAUCAGCGAUAAUUUGUUGAUAAAAUUCAGCUUUAGACGCCCUAGCAAACACCAAACAAAGCAACAAAGAGACUGACCUGAAAUUGAAAACAGUUCGUCACUGCCACUUGAGGACAACGGACGGUCGAGAGGUUCAUCAUCCAUCCCAACUCCACCAUCAGCAUCAUGUGCGUGAUCUUUUUUUACGCCAAUUCAGAUCCCCAGCCCGGUGGCUACAGGCUCAUCUUGGCCUCUAAUCGCGAUGAGUUCUUUGCCCGUAAAACCGUGAAGGCGAGCGAAUGGCCCGACGCGGAUCAUGUCGUUGGCGGCAUUGAUCUCGAACCGGGCCGCGAGGGCGGCACCUGGCUGGCCAUUGGCAGCGCGAGUGGAGUCUUCAAAGUUGGGGCCCUGCUCAAUCUCACAGGCGAGCCCAAGCCCCGCGAUGCAGUCGCGCACAAGAACAUUUUGCAACCAAAUAACCAAAACAACCACAAUAACAGCCACAGUCACAGCCACAGCCACAGCAGCAGCAACAUGAGCAACAUCAGCAACAGCAAGAGGCCAGAAAAUAACGAUAACGAACAUUUCUUACUAGGGCGCGGCAUGAUUGUGGCAGACUUUGUGUCCCAGUUCGAUGAGCCAAACAGCAUACUGAACUUCAACCAGAGCCUGCUCCAGGACUGCACCAAGUACAGCGCCUUCAACUUUGUCUCCAUUGAGAUUGGGCCAAAAUCCCUGCCAGCCCAGAUCAGACUGCUGAGCAAUGUGCCGCCCACCCUGAACGACUUUGAGGAGGGAAAAUGCUACGGCUUCGGCAACAGUCUGCCCGGGACUCCCUUCGAGAAGGUGCGCUUCGGCCAGCAGCAGUUCUCAGAUAUUGUGGAGGAGCAUGGCACUGGCACAGUCGAAGCACUGAGCGCGCAGCUGCUGAUGCUGCUCAAGAACAAGAAGAAAUUCUGGCCCGAUGCGGAGCUGAAGCGUCGGGCCCCCAACUGGGGCGAGGAAUUGAGUGCGCUCAAUGUCCAUAUUGGCGACCGCGGCUAUGGCAGUCGUACGCAUUCCAUUAUCCUGGUGGACACCAACAACAAGAUGCAUUUCUUUGAGGAAAAUUUUGAUCCCGAGACCAAUUUGCGAGAGCCCUGUAAUCUACGGACGGUGGUCCACAAGCACCUGGGGGCGAUCUAGAUCCAUUAGUGGAAAUGUAUGUAUGUGCAUUUUUGUUGCAUUUGUUGGUGUGUUAUGUAUAAUAAUAAUAAUAUCCAUUUUGUCUCUGGAAUAUACAUCGGCAGUCGCGCACUUAUAUAAAGAU